GCUGCAAAGAUCGACUCUUUAUAUGCCCAUCAUGGAGCCGGAAAGGUUACUGUCGAACGCGCCAACGGUUUAUGAAAAAGCACUGUCCAUACAGCUGUGAUUUUUGCUUGGCGUUCCCUUUUCCGACAGUGAUCCCCACCCCGCCACCCCCAAGGAUGAAGACCAGGCUCGUCCCCGAAGGCCGCAAUGUGACUUUCCGAUGUGGCCAGAAAAUCAUUCACAAAAAGGGGAAAGUUUAUUGGUAUAAGGAGAAGGAAUUGCUAGAAUAUUCCUAUCCUGGCUACCUGUUUCUGAACGGCGACCACAUGAGCAUUAUAGCCAACGCCAUCAAUGAAGGAACAUAUACUUGCAUCGUGAAGAAAAAGUCCAAAGUCUUGACCACAUAUUCUUGGCGAGUCAAGCUGAAGCAUUAAUGUGGACUGUGUGAAAGGACUUACAGACCCCCCAAGUCCUUCUGUGUGGGUCCACUUCCUCACCUCUGUUGCCGCAUUGCACUUUCAACAGCCGAUCCGCACUCACAAAAACCAGUCCUGCAAAAAUACUGGUGUCUUCCCUGUUUUUUUAAUUCUUGGCCAAGCCUGCUGGGGAUGUUAGGAUGUGUAGUCGAAGUCAUAAAGGAGUCCAAGGGAAUGAGAAAAAG